GUUUGUUUCCCGGAGCUUCUGAAACGUUGGUGGCAGCGCAGGCUGCGCCUAGAGAGAGAUUCAGUUAGGGCUUCAGCGGCGUUGCUGUUGCCGCACAGGGAUCGUCGCCUCCACAAUUGCUUACUCACUCUGCGGGUGGGUGAAGAGGGAGGGAGAGAAGCUUGCGGAGUGAGUCAUGGCUGCGGUGAGGGUAAUGGCGCAGCGUAUCGCAAGGGCACGAAGAAGCGGGCUCGCGGCAGCGGCACAGCAGUAUGGCAGAGUGAUCGGGACGAGUGAGGGCGAUGACGCUGUGCUUAGAGUUGGGACGCGCGCAGCGGGAAUGGAGAAGGCGAUGGCUGUGGUGGAGGAGGAGCAGCAGCAAGGGGCGAGGAAUUGGAGAAGGUGGAGUAGUGGGAGCUGGAUUGCUGCGGGUGCCGCAUCGCUGUCGUUUGCAGCAUCCACGAUGACUGUUGCUUAUGGGAAGGAGCGUGUGACGGAUAGAUUUUCGCCCAAGGAAGUCGUGUUGUAUCAGUACGAUGCCUGUCCGUUUUGCAACAAAGUUAAAGCUUUUCUUGACUAUCACGAUAUAGCCUACAAAGUGGUUGAGGUGAACCCUGUUGGGAAAAAGGAGAUAAAGUGGUCUGACUACAAGAAGGUGCCAAUUUUAGUUGUGGACGGCGAAGCUCUCAAUGAUUCCACAGCUAUCAUUACAGAACUUACUCGAAGAAUACAGGGGGGAAAUGCAAAAGACCUCGCCCAGAAAAUCGGAUCUGAUGAGGAAGAGAAAUGGCGCAGCUGGGUAGACGAACAUCUUGUGCACCUAUUGUCACCCAACAUUUAUCGCACACCUAGGGAGGCAUUGCAAGCUUUCGACUAUCUCACGACUAAUGGUAAUUUUAGCUCCAUUGAAAGGGCUACUGGAAAGUAUGUCGGAGCUACUGCCAUGUAUUUCAUCGGCAAGCGGUUAAAGAAACGACAUAAUAUAAUUGAUGCACGUGCUUCUCUUUAUGAGGCUGCUGAGGAGUGGGUGGCGGCUUUGAACGGUCGAUCUUUUAUGGGGGGUUCCAAGCCAAAUUUGGCGGAUCUUGCAGUUUUUGGAGUGUUGAGGCCCAUUAGGCAUCUCGACACAGGAAAAGACUUGCUGGCUUCUACUCAAAUAGGAGAAUGGUAUAUGAGGAUGGAGGAUGCCGUCGGUGAAACUGCUAGAUUACCGGAAGAACCUCUUAUGGGCACCAUUGACAGUUCAAUGAAGGUGUGAAACAUGUCACCUGAACAUCAUUUUUGCAGGGUAUUAACCCGUACUCCAUUCCACCUUCUACUGCCUGGGAGUGCAACCUGACUUGCAGAAUAAUACUCUUUCCAGAAUCUCUACGUGUGGUAAAGAGAAGGCACGGCUUCGUGAAAGUUCAUGAAUCACUUGCAUUCUCAAGAGGGUUAGUUCAGCAUGUUACUGUUCAUGCAUCUUGAAUAUGCCGGCUUGCCAUUGCUUGCCGCAUAAUUUGUGUUGAAGAUUACAUAGAAUCUAGAGUUCGAUGGUAAUUAACUCUAGUAGACCGCUUCUUACUCUUUAAACAAAUCCCCUCUGCGAGAGCUAAGAAAGAGGUACUUUCACAAUGCCACACAAUCUCUCUUUUUUUUGUUUCUUAAAAAUAAAGCAUUUUUACAUUAGUAAAUCAGCGUGCCUUGGUUAGGCUAGUUCCGUCAUGUUUUUGGUAUCUGUGCAAUCUUUCCUCUACUAGGAAGAGAUUGUGGCGUGUGCAUGUAUUCACGAUUUGAGCAAAUCAAACUGAACACACGGGUUACAUAA